CGCCAUGAGAUCUGGUGGAGGUCCUGUUGUCAAUGUGAUUUACAGAGAAGAUGGAACAGCUAUGGUGGACUUUGAAGAAGCAGAGGAUGUUGAAGGAGUGUUGAAGAAGGCGACUCACACAAUAUCAGGCGCAGUAAUUCAAGUGAGAAGAUACACGCCAGAGAGGCGUCAGUCAGAGGUCUCAACACCAUGUGAUGAUGCUCCUGCUGUUCUGCCAGACACAAUCAUAGUAACAGGAUGUGGAGAUAUCUCUGAUGAUGUCCUGGACAUGUACUUUGAGAGCAAGAAGAAGAGUGGAGGAGGAGAGGUGAAAUCCAUUGAGAGAACAGAGGAGGGUGGAUCGGAGGUCCUUGUCACAUUUGAAGACCCCAAAGAUGUCAAUCGAGUGUUAAAGAAGGGAUCUCAUAAAGUACAAAGCAUGGAUGUUAAAGUCGCCCUGUACAAGCCCCGGCCACCAACACCUCCACCUGUAGUGUCAACAGACACUAUUGUAGUGACAGGGUGUGGGGAUAUCGGUGAUGAUGUGCUGGAGAUGUACUUUGAGAGCAAGAAGAAGAGUGGAGGAGGGGAUGUGAAAUCCAUUGGGAGAAGAAAUGAAAGUGGAUCAGAAGUGGUUCUUGUCACAUUUGAAGACCCUGAAGACCUCAAGCGAGUGUUAAAGAAGGGAUCUCAUAAAGUACAAAGCACGGACAUUAAAGUCGCCCUGUACAAGCCCCGGCCACCAACACCUCCACCUGUAGUGUCAACAGACACAAUCAUAGUGACAGGGUGUGGAGAGAUCUCUGAUGAUGUCCUGGACAUGUACUUUGAGAACAAGAAGAAGAGUGGAGGAGGGGAUGUGAAAUCCAUUGAGAGAACAGAGGAGGGUGGAUCGGAGGUCCUUGUCACAUUUGAAGACCCUGAAGACAUGCAAGCUGUCCUUCAAAGGAGUCACCAGAUACAAGGACUCCCACUCCAGGUUUCACCGUACACUCUCCCCUCGUGGUCAUCCCGUCGUCGCACACAGGCUGAAGACUCAUACCUUAGUGCAGAAGAUGAGGGUCAGGAUGAUAGUGAUGAUGAUGAAGAUGUGUUUGUUCUGCUGGUGGAAGGGUUGUCCGAUACUCUGGGUGAAGAAACUUUGUUGUUCUAUUUUGAAAAUCGACGUAGAAGCGGAGGAGGAGAGGUGGAUGUGGUGGAGAUUGACAGAGACUCAGCCACAGCUCUUGUCCACUUCAAGGAAGGCGAUGUUGUAAAGAGAGUUCUACAGAAAGCUCCUCAUCUCCUGGAAAAUAAAAAGAUUGAAGUCUCUGAAUAUCUACCUUCCAAACAGCCAGGACUGGUUACCAUAGAAACAAUCCUGAAGGGAAAGAAAAUAGGAACAGUUGUGAAGGUGGAGAAAUUUGGAUCGAAGACAAGUGAUGAUGUACUAACAAUGUACUUCGAGAACAAGAAGAGAAGCGGGGCAUCUGAAGUGAAGGAAAUCAUUCCAGAUAAAGAAGAAAAUGCCAAAUAUAUUGUUUUUGAGUCCCCUGAAGAAGCGGAAGCUGUUGCCAAGCGAAGCCACACUGUAGAUGGGCACAAGUUGAUGGUGAGUUUGUACAGACCUCCCACCCCUCCUCCACCCCGGCCGCGCUAUCGGGACAAGUUUUUGAUAACUGGACUGCGAGAGAAAACCACAAAAAAGACCUUGAUGAAGUUCCUGCAACAAAAAUUGGCCUGUCAUCCCAAGGAUGUUAUGUAUGGAGAGGAACCUGGAACUGUUCUUGUAAAUAUAGAUCAACAAAAAGGUCCUUUAAAGCUGAAGAAGAUGCAGCGUGUUUGUAAGAAGCAUCCUCUGGAUGGGGCGUUCCUUGAGUUGUCAGCAGUGCCCAUCUCCAACUGUAUCCGAGUCAAUGGAAUCACUGCCAAGACAUCGGCGGACACACUAACAUUCUACUUUGAAAGCAAGAAGUCAGGGAAUACCAUAGAAUGUGAUGUUGAAAAGGUGGACAUUGUUGAGGAACCGAGACAUGCCAUCGUCUUCUUUACAAAUCAUACAGUGAUACCAGAGAUUUUGGGCAGAUCCCACAAGUUGGAAAAGACAGCGCUAUCUGUAUCCCUGUACACUGAAUGCUUGGGGUCAGGAGGGGGACGCAGCGACCCCACAUGGUUCAAACUACCGCCCCCUAUUCCUGUACAAAAUGUUGACUCUUACAAGAUGAAAUUCAUCCGGGAUUCUAGUCCUAACAUGAAGAAUCUACAAAAGCAGUUGCAAGAUGGCUACACUGAUCUCAAGUUUGAGUCAGAUGGUUCUUGGACCCUUGAAUGCUGCCUUACCAAAGAUGUGCCUGAUGUCAGAAAGAUAGCCAAAUCAUGGCUGAAAGGUGCAACUGAGGACUUGGAGCAUUUUCUGUCCCUUCUCAUCACAGAGAAGGUGAAUGUCCUUCAGGAAGUUUGGGAUGAUGUGAUAACAGAAGUUCAGAAAAUGAAAAUGCCACGAAAAGAUGCAGCAACUAUUUAUAUAUUUGAUGAAUCGCAUCUGAUAGUUGUGGUUGGCCAUAAGCUGCUGGCAGAAAACCUGUCUAAACAGGUGAAGGAGGUCGUAGCAACUGUGGAGGGAGACCAUGAGCGGAAGAAGAAAGAAAUUACCGAAUCAGUGGCAAAUCUCAAGUCAUGGCAGUUACGCCUACUGCUGGCUCUUGGCUUCCCCAGUGAGAUGAUGAAGAAAUAUGAACACCUGAAAGUUGAAAUUUGUGUCAAGAAAAAUGUGAUGACACUUACCGGGUUGAUGUCUGUAGUAAAAUCUGCAAAAGUUGACAUGUAUGAAACAACAACUAACUUCAAAGACACAUCUUUGUCGAAUCUGUCGGAUGCCCAGAUGAUGCUUGUUCAGAAGACUGAUGUGAGGAAGUACAUCGAGAAAAAACUGAAUCUGAAACACCUAGUUGGUGUCUGGGAGGCAGACAAUGGUAAACUGAAAGUGUAUGGAAGGACGGAUGCUGAAGUGACGGAUGUAUCUCACAUUGUGAGGCAGAGCGUGGUCCAGCAGUUGAUAAACCUGGACCCAGAAUCUGUCCCACUCCUGGACUCUACAGAAUGGAAGAGGAUCAAUGACGACCAGACGCAGAACAGAGGAGACAUGGUGAAGAUCAUUAUAGCAGUGGAUAAGUCUCAUAUUGUUAUAGCUGCUACAGACGAACUGGUAGCUGGGGUGGCAGAGGAGGUGAACAACUUCCUAAAAGAAAACACAGUGUACAGCGACACUGUCCAGUUUCCCAAGGGGAUCCAACGUUUCAUGACCAUGCAUCUGGAUGGGGAAAUCAGACAACUUUCAAGUACUUUUCAAGCCCACUCUGUUCAGAUAAUAUUUCAAAAGUCUUCACAGGAUUUUACAGUGAAAGGAACCAAAGUUGGAUUAAGAAUUUGUAUGUCAAAACUAGAGGAAAUCUCACGACGAGUGAUGCACACAAGUCACCUGUUUGGCAAACCAGGGAUUUGUAAAUUGAUCCUGUCCAAGAAAGGUGAUCAACAUAUCAGAAAUAUUGAGGAAAAUGGACGGUGCGUGAUAGAGAGAAACUUUGACGACCAAGUGCAGCCAAUCUAUGGCAAGAAAGGAGAGCAGAGGAAUAUGAGAUCAGGAGGCGGGAUUCAGACCUUGGCAACAUGUGACCUUGGAGCAGGCCGAACUCUGAGUGUAUGUCAAGGUGACAUUACACGGAUGAAAGUGGAUGUUAUCGUGAAUGCAGCCAAUCAGCAACUGGCACACAUCGGUGGACUUGCCAAGGCUAUAGUAGACAAAGGUGGACUAUCCAUUCAGGUAGAAAGUGACAAGAUAAGACAGAGUCAGGGUGACAUACGUGUCGGAGAUGUUGCAGUCACCAGCCCAGGCAACCUACCCUGCAAGCUUGUCGUCCAUGCUGUAGGACCAAUAUGGUCGGGAGGGACAAAUGAUGAACAGGGUCUUCUUCAAGAAGCUAUAUUUAACAGUCUUGAGAAAGCUGACAGUUGUGGCUUAUCCUCCAUUGCCAUACCUGCUUUGAGCACAGGUAUUUAUAGAUACCCAGUAGCAGCAGCAACCAAAAACAUCAUAGAAGCAAUACAGCUCCAUUUCACAGACACUCCAGGGAGUCAGGUGAUGAACGUCUACGUGUGUGACAACAACGCCUCCACCGUCCAGGACUUCAUGCAGGCUGUAAAGCAAAGGUUUGCAGCAGACGCUGUAACUGUAGGAAACCAAGAUGGAUCUGUGCAGGGUGGUGUGGUUGAAGACAGACAUGUUCCAGUAAACAGAGGAAGACCGAGAAAGGGGCAAAGAUCUUCACAACAUAAUCCUUCACCUUCACAUGGAAGACCAGCACAAAGCAUGUCAAGGAUAAAGAUAAAUGUUGUCCCCGGAGAGAUAGCGAAGGAACAGGUUGAUGUUAUCGUGAACACUACGUCAAGCAGCCUCGAUUUAAGUAAAGGAGCAGUUUCCACGUCAAUACUCAAGACCGGUGGUGACGCUAUCCAAAUGGAGUGUUCUACCAAGUAUCCAGAUGGAAUAAAGUCAGGGCAGAUUGCCAUCACUGGGGCAGGCAGUCUCAUAUGCCAGAGUAUAUUUCAUACCUGCUUACCGAGCUGGCCACGUGAUCAAAAUGGUGAAAUGAUUUUGCAAACAUUGGUUGCAAAAUGUCUUAAGAAAGCUUCUGACAAGCAAUACAGAUCCAUUGCUUUCCCUGCACUUGGUACGGGUAACCUUGGAUACCCACGAGAUGUGGUGGCCAAAACCAUGAUGGAAACAAUGGAACAGUUCGGACAGGACAACCCCACGACAUCCCUCCAGGAAGUGAAGAUUGUUGUGUACCAUAAGGACACUGCUACAAUAAAGGCAUUUGACUACCAGAAGGGGAAAGACACUGGUGGUGCUGGUGUGCCCUCACAACACAGAGGUCAUAGGAGGAGCAGACAGUUUGGGGAUAAACCACAGGGAGCAUCUGCAACAGAUGACAGUGACUGGCAGUACAUCUCUAAAUCAGAUCUGACUCUAGUUUACCAGCUGGGCAAGGUUCAGCUGACACUCAAGCAAGGUGAUUUGUUGAAGGAGAAGGCGGAUUGUAUUGUCAACAGCACCAACUCGGACCUCAACCUGACUGUGGGUGCAGUGUCCCAGUCUAUCCUGAGAAAAGGUGGACAACAACUUACAGAUGAACUGGGACUCAAGAAGCAUGAAAUGAAAAAGCAAGGAAUUGUCACAACUACUGCCGGAGGUCUCCAAGCUAACUACAUCAUCCACGUCUCUGGAGAUCACUUCACUCAAGACUGGAAGAAAGGGAUCACAAAAUGUCUUGAAGAAGCUGGAACUCUACCAAACGUAUCAUCUAUAGCAUUCCCAGCCCUUGGAACAGGUCAAGGUAAUAGGACUCCUGAAGAGAUGGCCACUUGUCUGAUUGCAGCAGUGAAUGACUACCAGAGCUCCCAUCCAAAACAUGGAAUGAUAACAGACAUUCGAAUGGUCAUCUUCCAGAAGGACAUGCUGGACCCGUUUACUGCAGGAGUGAUUAAGGCUCUAACUUCCAAAAAGAAAGGAUACUUCAGAAAAGCCCUUGACUAUGUUAUGGGAGGAUCUACUGAGAAGACUGAACAAUUCACACGGCCAAAAGAACAGCCAGCGAAUGCUAUCACCCUCUACUUCUUCUCAGAUAGCAUGGAUCAUAUUGACCAAGCAAAAUCCAUGUUGGAAGAUCAGUACCAGAAUAGUACAAUGACCAGGCCCAUAUUUGAUGAAGCACUCAAGACUAUGACUAAACAACAGGAAGCAAAGAUUCAAGAUCUAGCAGCCAAGUUCAGCAUUUCUGUUGACUAUAACCGUUCAACAGGAAGAGUUAAACUUCAUGGUCUUACAAAUGAUGUCAUCACAGCCAUGGAGGCAGUACACAAGAUUGUACAGGAGGCUCUUCGUCAGGAACAGCAAUCUGAGAAGGCUGAGAUGUUGUCAUCCUACGUUCAGUGGUCAUACAUUGAAGUAGAUAAUACAGGCUCAUCACAGCCAGUAGAAUAUGAUAAGAUCAUAAAUCAACAAAUUGAAGAAGCUUAUCAAAACAAAAAGUCUUUGAUGCGUCUGCCUCCUGACACUGGUGGAGAUGUUUAUAUCGUUGAUUUAGACAACAUGGAAGAAUAUCAUUCAGAUUUUCCCAGUGAUAAAGUCUCUGUGAUCAGAAAAGAUCUAAUCAAAGGAGCAUCGUUUGAGCCUCCUUCCAAAUGGACACAAAUGACAACAGAAAGUGAAAUGGUAACACUUAACAAUACAGCUCAAGAGUACACAGAUGUUCAACAGAAAUUUCACAGCAGCCUUGGAAGAAUUGCCAACAUUUUGAAGAUUGAGCGUGUACAGACCAAGUUCCUGUGGCAGCAGUAUGUUGCGAAGAAACAACAGUUGGACUCACAAAACACAGGUCAUCAGAAUGAGACUGUGUUGUGGCAUGGCACUGCUGUAGACGCCAUUCCCAGUAUCUGUAGAGGUGGCUUUAACCGCAGCUACUGUGGAAAGAAUGCCACUGCACUAGGAGAGGGUGUAUACUUUGCAGUUCAGGCUGCAUAUUCAGACAGAAAUACCUACUCUGUGCCUGACGGACAAGGUCGCAAGCACAUGUUUCAAGCCCGUGUGCUGACAGGUAUGUACUGUCGAGGACAAAGCGGGAUGAGAGUACCUCCACAAAGAGAUCCAUCCAAGCACAUCCAGUUUGAUUCUGUGGUGGACAAUGCCAAUGGACCUGGAAUGUACAUCAUCUUUAAUGAUACCCAGGCCUAUCCAGAAUAUCUUAUCACUUACCAGUGAAGUCAAUGUCCUUUCUUUCAAAUGGUAUUUAAUGAAAGUCUUUUGUCACUUUGUGAGCUGUGACGUAGAUGUAGAGAUACAUUCAGAUUCAUGGUUUCUUGUUUAAAUCAGUUAUCAUUUAGAAUUGUUCUUGUGAUCAUAUUAUUUUGGAGGUACCUGAUGGCUUGUAAUUAACAUGAUUGGGGUCUGUCAGUUGGUUAGAUUGUAACCUCCUUCAGAUCUUUAAGUGAAGGGAUGAUGCCAUAUUUUGAAACAAUAUCCAAUGUAUUGUGUUUUAUUAACUUAUGGAUUCUUUGAUUACACAAUGCCAUUUAGAAAGUGGUUAAUUGUAAAAUAUGUUAUAUUUGGGAUUACACUUUCUUUGUAAAGUACCGAUUCUAGUACUUUUUGGGUUGAGUCAGACUCAGGCAUCGAACCACGGCUGACUUUGUGCGCUGGCGAUUAGGUACCUGACUCUGAGGGUGCGGGUUCGAAUCCCAUAUGGGACUCAACCCAGAAAGUACUAGAAUCUGUACUUUACUUAGAAAGUGCAAUCCCAAAUAUAACAUGCUAUGUUAUGGAUUCUUGGUAAGAAUUGGACCCUAGUACAACACCAGGCAAUGGUACUUGUGAUAUUUUUGUCUUGCUCAUCAUUGGAUUGUUUGUUGCAGGCUCAGGUGCUUAAAGAUGCUAUCGUGCACCUAGAUUUAAUAUUACUGAGUACAGUAUUAACCACCAAAGUAGCAUCAGCUGUUGCAGAAAUUCUUAUAUUCAUGAGCACUCAUCAGUUUUAGUGUAAUGUUUUCCUUUGAGUAGAGAAUCUGAAUUAAAUCUUUCUUCUUCGGGUAUGUUACGGUAUCAUCCAUUAUGUUCAGCCAUUACAAAUUAAAGCUAUUUAAAAUUGCUGCAUGUUAUAGCUUGUAACAUCAUUUUUAGAUGAACUGCCAUAGAAACUUUCAGAUAAGUUUCAACAUUUUAAAUGGAUAUGAAUUGUUUGUAGGAAUGUGCAUUUGAUAUAGUGUUGGCUUUGUAGCCAGGCAUGUUGCAUGUUGUCAACUUAGAUCAUGUAUGCAUGAACAGGCUUCUAUCAACAAUAUUGAGUUACCAGUAUGUCUAUUUAUCCAGAAAUACCAUUGCCAAAAGAUGAAAAGAAUAUUCAUUAUAUGGGUGGCCAGAUAUGCAACAAUUGUACAAUAAAGCUUAUCCGUGCUGUUCUCCUGUAAUUGUAUCAUGAGAAGUAGAAGUGUUAUGCAUGUCUCCAGGAUCACAGUGUGUGGUACUUUUACAUUUGAGUAUACUAGACACGCAUACAUUUGACACUCAAAUAUUUACAUGCAUGCAGUUAAUAGAUGGAACUCAUAUUAAAAUACAUGCAUUUAACAAUUAAGUCAUGUUAACAUGCAUACAGUUGACAGGUGGAACUUGUGUUAACAUGUAUACAGUUAACAGAUGGAGCUCAUGUUAACAUGCAUAUAAUUAACAGAUGGAGCUCAUGUCAACAUGCAUACAAGUAACCAAUGGAGCUCAUGUCAACAUGCAUACAAUUAACAGAUGAAGCUCAUGUCAACAUGAAUACAAUUAACAGAUGGAGCUCAUGUCAACAUGCAUACAA